UAAUAACAUUUAAAUUUCACGACUAUUGUCUUUUGUAUGGAAUAACAAUCGGACUUCCCGUCCAAUAGCACUAGAGCACAAGACCAUAACAAACCCCUUAUCAGAUUUCAGAUACAAUAUUCUAUUUUCAACUAUACCCGUUUGUCAUUUAAACCACAUAUGCACAUUCAUGCAGGGAAUUAACUAGUUAAUUCAAGUUUUUAUGUACUAAUUUAUUUCCAUGUACCAAAAUGGAAUUAAAAAUUUCAUUAAUUUUUGGAUUCAUUGGUUUUCAGAUUCUCCAGCCGUCUACUUCUCAUUCGAAUGGUGGUAGUCUUGGGAACAUCGAAUUUAGCUGCCCAGCAGGUCAAUAUUUUAACGGAGGAAGCUGCUAUUCUGCCGUGAGCGUACCAAUGACAUGGAGUGAUGCCCACAGAACGUGCAAACGACAAGGCCAGUAUUUGUUUUGGGUGAAAGAUGUGGAUGAAUUAAAAGCAGUUGAUCAUUUAGCAAAGUCAACAUGGGAAUAUUAUUGGUCAGGUCUCAGUCGAAGAGAAACUUGGUUGACGGCUAAUGAGGCAUUAUGGAGUCACGAAAAUGAAACUUUAUUAUUGGAAAAAGGUGUAUGGGAAGAUGACCAGCCAGAUACAGGGGAUGGAAAAUGUGCUUAUUUUAAAAAGAAUGGAUAUGGAGCAUUUGGAAAUUGUUUGAGAAAACUACCAUUUGUUUGUAAAUCAGAGGCUGUUCUUAAAGAUUAUUUCCGCUGUAGAAGUGGAGAAGGAAUCCAGUCCAAAUUUGUCUGUGACGGCCAUAAUGACUGCCAGGAUAUGUCAGAUGAAGCUGAUUGUGCGACUAAAUGUCAUUAUGUGAUUGAUGCAGAUUCAAAUCCUUCAGGUGAAAUUGUCAGCACUAACAACUAUCUGAAUUCUAAAUCCUGUUUCUGGUCUAUUGUAACAAACAUUGGAUCAACAAUAAAAGUCCAGGUGAAAUCAUUCAAUACUGAAAAGAAUGCUGAUGUUAUGGAAUUUAGGACUGGUGGAAGAGAGGGAGAGAUUUUUUUGGCCAAGUUGACAGGCACUGUAAAUGAUCAGCCAGUAUAUUAUUCCUCAGACAAUGUGUUUAAUAUUAGACUGGUGACGGAUGGCUCAGUGAUACAAUCUGGAGGGUUCAGAAUUUCCUGGACAACAGAUGUUCCAGAAGUUUUUAAUGAUGUGAAAAUGUUAACAGCAACAACCUCAGUGCAGCAUUUGAAAUCACCUUUUUAUGAUACUGGAUACCUCCCACAAGAGAAAGUUUUUGAAUGGAAAAUUACUGCCGAUACAAACAAUGUCAUUACUAUGGAGUUUGAGAAUCUGGAUAUAGGAAAAGAUGCGAAGCUGUACUUGUGGGAUCAGGAUGAUAUCUCAUUGAUCCCAACCUUAGAUGGUGUCAGUGCCUUCAAACCAAAACAUUACAUCUCUAAAUCCAAGUCCAUUAGAUUGAUGCUGAUCUCUGGAAUAGAAGAAGCCCCAUUUCCUAAAGGAAUAUACAUCAAAUACUGGCAAGGCUGCAACAUAACUUACAUGUUAACAGAAGGUACCAUCCAGUCUCCAGGCUAUGUUGCAGGAAGUUACCCAGAAAAUGUUGAUUGCACAUGGAUUAUAAAACGACCAGCAUCAGAAACAAGGACAAUGGCUCUCAGAUUUAGCAUGUUUGAUCUCCAGGCAGAAGGAGAUUACUUAAAGAUAUAUAAUGACACAAGUGAAGCAUUGCAUACAGAUGAAGGAUUCACAGGGACAACUGAUCUGACAAAUGAUUUUGAGGUUAGAUCAACUAAUGGUUAUAUCAAACUGGUAUUUACUACAAACUAUGUUCUGACAGAUAGUGGAUUUGAAGCUGAAUUUUCUUUAGACUGUGCAGAGUUAGCUGUAUCGAACGAAACACAACACAGUUCGCAGUCAGGAUAUGAAACAAGCUUCAUGAAUACAAUAGUAUUGAGUUGUGAUGACGGUUAUUCAUUUGAGAAUGAAGGUCAUUCUAAUGUCCACUCCAUCAAAUGUCAGAAAGGCGGACAGUGGAAUGAAACAAGGAUUCCUAACUGCAUGAUUACAUAUUGUCCAAUCCCCCCAGCAGUAAAUAACGGAUACAUUGUUGAGUCAUCUGGUGUAAAGGUUGACAAUAAUGUUACAUACAAAUGUAAUGAUGGCUUUACUAUGAACGGGGAACCAGUCAUAAAAUGUCUGCAGGACGGAAACUGGGAAAAAGCACCAGAUUGUACAGCUGCCACAUGUCCUCCUCUCUCAACUCCUGGAAAUGGCGACAUAGUAAGACUGAUUGGAGAUGAGAAUGAAUUUGCCUCUGUUGUCCAGUAUGUUUGUGAUCCUGGCUAUGAAACGUAUGGAAAUGAAACAACAUAUUGUCAGACUGGUGGAAAGUGGUCACAUGAUCCUCCUUCUUGUGAAAAAAUAUGGUGUCCAAUACCAAGAAUUCGUAGUGGAAAUCUGAGCUCGACUGAUGCACUGAAAUAUGGGAUUACAACAACUUUGACUUGUGACGAAGGAUUUGGUAUUAAUGGGGCAAACACACCAAGUGUGACUUUGAUGUGUGAGAGUGAUGGAAAACUUUCACCAGAUGUAGCAUGUUUGGAUGUGGAUGAAUGCAAUAACACAAUUGUUUCAAACUCGCCUUGUCCUGGUACAGAGGAUUGUCACAACACCAUUGGAAGUCGUGUGUGUACAUGUAAAGAUGGUUAUGAGAGAAUAGGAAAUGCUGACUGUUCAAAUAUAAAUGAAUGUGAUAGUAAUAGUGGUAUUGGACCUUGUCAUCAGGCAUGCACAGACUUUACACCUGGAUAUACAUGUGGUUGCCAUGAUGGAUUUGUACUUUAUACUGCAGAAGGAUUUAACAAUAUCUCUCUUGCUGAUGGUGAAAAUGGACAGAAAGAGGGAGAUGUAUAUCAUAUUAAUCACACUUGUGUCAGGAAGCAGUGUCCAGUUCCACCUCCUCUAAAUAAUGGAACAGUUUUGUCAAAGAAGGAUUUUUUCUUCUUUGAGGAUUCAGUUGAAUUUACCUGUGACCAUGGAUAUAAAUUGAGUACCAUGUAUAGCAAACUAGAUUGUGAAAAAAGUGGAAUGUGGUCAAAUGGAUAUCCCAGUUGUCAAGUGGCAACUUGUCCUACUCCAAAUCAGGGGUCUAUUGAUCGAUCAACUAAUAUUUACCCAGCUGGGUCCUCAGUUGAGUACAGGACAGAAGUGAAUAUAGAAUGCCAGUAUGGAUCAAAGAAGAUUAACAGGACACUGUAUUGCUCUUACAAUGUCAUGACUGGUGGAUAUGAGCUUCUUGGAGAUGCACCAGAAUGUCCAGAAAUAGACUGUGGAGAGCCCGAAAAUGUUCCAGGAAGAACGGACUCUGGACUGACUAACACUAAUCUUGCAUCUACUUUCACUUUUGACUGUAAAACUGGUUUUGAUAGAUCAGGGCUGUCAUUGGAUGGAACAUAUACUGUUACUUGUCAGGAAAAUGGAAGAUGGAAUAUAGGAAAUUUGACUUGUACAGGUGGAAGAUGUAAAGAUCCCGGCACACCUGGUGGUGCCAUGCAAGUUGUUACCAGUUAUGAAGUCGGUGAAAUGGUAUACUUUAAAUGCAAGAAACCUGGAUAUUUACCUGAGCCUCCACAGCCUUUGGAGUGUGUAGUAGAUAUUAGUACAGGGAAUAUAACAUGGAACGCCACUAAUUUAGAUGAUGGUUCAGCAGAUUUGCCUGAAUGUCUGGAUAAAACACCCCCAGUUUUCUCCAACUGUCCUUCCGACCCUAUUUAUGUUGACAAAACAGAAGAAUACACAUACCCAGAUCUAAAUGCUACAGAUAAUUCUGGUGCUGUUAAGAAAAUAAGCAAUCCUGGUGGGUACAGGCCAAGUGGACUCCGAACUAACUCAGAUAUAGACAUAACCUACACUGCAGAGGAUUUUAGUGGGAAUACUGCAGACUGUGUUAUUAAAAUUAUAGUUAAAGAUUAUGCAGGGCACCAAUUGACAUGUCCACAGAAUAUAACCAUACACAUAGAUACAGCAGCUGGAGAAGUCUUCAAUGUUAGUGAUGUUGUGUCAGCUACAACUUCAGAUUCUGAUUUAACCUUUACAUUUAGUCCUGCAGAAUUAAUUACCUUGGAUCAUACAGCAGUGGUAGCACAGAAGAAAGUAGUUGUCACUGCAACUGAUAAGUGGGGUGCUGAGGACCAAUGUUCAUUUUUGGUAGAAACUAAAGCUGAUGCAUGUUUUAAAGAGUCUUUCCCAGUAAGUGUACCAAAUGCUGCACCUGUGACUUGUACUUCUGGCAACAUCAGCUGCACAGUUACAUGUAUUGAUGGAUUUGUGUUCUUUGAUGGCAACAAAACAAAGACAUAUGACUGCACAGGACAAAAUAAAUGGAUGCCAGCUAUACCUCCUGAUACAUGCAUAAAGUAUGAUGAACCAUCCAACAUCAUAGUACUUCAAGUGGCCUAUAAAACUACUCAAGGGUUUGCUAAAGACUGUAAAUCAGGUCAUGAUGAUAAAAUCAAAACAAACAAUGCAUCAUUAACAAAUGACAUUUACAACAUAUGCAACAUUGAUAACCUUGUAUCUGUUGGUCCAAUAGUAAUUACAAAUACGCUGACUACUACUACAGGAUUUGAUUUUAGAACUAUUUUUACAAUUAAAGUGUCUUCUACUGAUCCAGCAAAUAUCAAACAAAUACCAGCUUGUCUAAGUCUACUAGAGCUCCAGUUUGACCAGAAUAGUUUUUUAGAUUAUACUGGCAGUAUACAGUGUAACAGUGGCACAACAACUGUUGUCAGACUAACGUCAGAUUCUUCUAAUCAGGUGAUAAGCAGUGGAAAUCAGUGUGAUAAUGGCAUCAAGAAAAUGACAACAGUUGACAGUAGUUCAAAAUGCAUUCCAUGUCCUCCAGGAUCAUAUUCUGGAAGUGGUGAUGAAUGUAAUAUUUGUCCAGAUGGAAAGUUCCAGAGUAACUUUGGUCAGAAUGAAUGUUUGGACUGCCCUUCAGACAAUCCUGUUCCAUCGGAGGACAAAACUACAUGUUUAGCUGUAUGUCCAGUCGGAUUUAUUUCUGUUGAUGGUUUACCCACCUGCACUCCAUGUCCAGAAGAUCAUUACUGGAAAAACAAAACUAACUGUGAACCUUGUCCAAAUAGUGGAAGCACCUUAGGGAAAAAUGCCAUCCCAGAAAUGAAUGGUUGUAAUGCACCAUGCAGUAUAGGAGAAUAUUCUGUGACAGGAUAUGCACCUUGCGAAAAAUGUCCAAUAAACUUUUACCAGGACCAGACUACACAGGAAAUGUGUAAACCAUGUGAACAUGAUAUGAUUACACAAGGAAGGGGCUCCACUAAAAGUUCACACUGUAUACAAUUAGGAUCUAACAGUUUACCAGGAUUGACAGGAGAAAGCCUAUGCUGUGAUGUCUGCAGUGCAGUUGAUACUCAAUGCUGUAGUGCCAAUUGUAGUCAGGAAGCAAGUGCUAUAACAUGUGAAAACAGAUGUGAAGAUGCUUACAACAACACAUUGCCAUGCCAGUGUAACAGUGGUUGUGUCGCUGCUGAUAACUGUUGUGAUGAUUAUCAGUGGAAAUGUAUAGACUCUACCUUAGUAUGUACUGGUAAUGCAGAUGACUGUAGUGGUAAAGGAACAUGCACUUACAAGAAUAAUAGAAAAUUCUGUACAUGUAAUCUAGGAUAUAAGGGAGAUAACUGUGAAACUGAAUUGAAUCCCUGUGAUUCAAGUCCCUGCUGGAAUGAUGGUGUUUGCACUAAGAUUGAUUCUAGCAACUUCAAUUGUACCUGCCCUGUAGACACUUCUUGUGUAAUGAUUAACCAGACAGGCAAAGCUGGGAAGGAUACCCAAUGGGGUGAAAAUCCAAAGGAAUUAUCCAUUGAAGACUGUGAGCAGUAUUGUCUUGACAAUCAGAACUGUAAAAGUAUUCACUAUGAAAGCAAUUUUUGUUUUAUAUAUAAUCAGACAACAGUGCUGAUCAAUAAAGAUGGAGCAAUUUAUUCAACGAAACAAUGUGCUAAUACUCCGUUGUUUGGUUGUGAACUUUGCGAAGAUGACUUAGUGAAUUCCUGUACACGUGACUCCUGUUCUGAGUAUGGAAUGUGUCAGGACCUGUUGGGAGAAAAUUUUAAAUGUUUAUGUCCAAUAACAGGAAGAUACACAGAACCCAGGUGUGAACGGGUAUCUGAUCUAUGUAGUCAAGACCCAUGUGGAAGUCAUGGUGAAUGUCACGACAACAGCGUUAGAUAUCAGUGUAUAUGUGAAGCUGGAUGGACAGGAAAACAUUGUGAAGUGAAUAUCAACGACUGUGAAGAAAAUCCUAAUGGUUGUCUGUACAAUGGAACAUGUGUGGAUGGAGUUGAUGCGUAUAGUUGUACAUGUUCCCAAGGAUUUUCUGGUGACAGAUGUAAAGACAAACCUGACUUUUGUUUGAUCAAUCCCUGUCCAGAAGGAAUAUGUUACGAAAAUUAUGAUACAUUGAACUUCAUGUGUAAAUGUGAAGAUCCUUAUAGAAAUGACGCUCAUGGAACAUGUGAAAUGAUUCCAGCUUGUGACAAUGUGAAUUGUAUCAAUGGAACAUGUAGUAAUGGGAAAUGUGAUUGUGAGACAGGAUUUGAAGGAUCUCUUUGUCAACAUAACAUAGACGAUUGUAAGAACAUGCCAUGUCAGCAUGGUGGAACAUGUACAGAUAUGAUUAAUAGCUAUGAUUGUCAUUGCGCCACUGGAUAUGAUGGGGAUAAUUGUGAGAACAAUAUAGAUGACUGUAUUGGAAUGUGUACAGGUUCUAAUGUAGAUCCUAAUACAAACCGUUGCAGAGAUAUGUUGAAUGAUUAUCAAUGUAUAUGUAAAGCAGGUUACAUUGGUAAAAACUGCACAGAAGAAAUCAAUGAGUGUCUACAACAACACCCAUGUGAACAUGGAGGUUCAUGUACAGACAAGGUAGCUGACUUUGAGUGUAGUUGUAAGGAGGGCUGGACUGGAAAGAGAUGUGAAACUCCUAUAGAGUACUGUGCCCCAUCACCAUGUGCCAAUGAAGGAGUUUGUUAUAAUCUUACUGAUGGAUACUUUUGCAGAUGUCCAGGUGGUACAACAGGAGUGACAUGUGAUAAUUCCCCAGAAGUCUGUAGUAUUAUUAAUCCAUGUACAAUGAAGGGAACCUGUCAGGAUAAGGGAGGAACUGCUCAGUGUAACUGUUAUGACGAUUAUGCUGGAACAAGCUGCCAGUUAAUCAAAGAUCACUGUGCUGAUCCAGACAUGUGUAAUAAUGAUGGUCAAUGUGUCACCAAACUUAUUGGAUUUAAAUGUGAAUGUGAUGAAAGUUAUUCUGGUAGUACCUGUUCUAUGUACACUGAUCCAUGUUCUAGUAACACUUGUCAUGCUUCAGCGAAAUGUAUAUCUAAUAAAGACAAGUAUAUAUGUUAUUGCGAACAGGGGAACUUACUUACAGAUACUGGAUGCAAAGUUAUUGAUGACAACUAUGACAUCUUCAUGGACAGAUAUAUUGAUGGCAUGCCAGCCUAUUUGAGAAAUCCAAUUGUGUCUCACACAAAUAAUAGUAUGACGAUCAUGUUUUGGAUUAGAGUUCUAGCAAGUGCAGGAGAAAAUCCUGUUUUGUUGUCAUUAGAAGAAAUACAAAUUGGAUCUUUACCUACUUUCAACCCUGAAAUGCAGCAGUUUAUAGCUUCUAGUCAGUAUCUUCUACUUCGCAACUCUACAGAUACAGACAUGAUUCCAUAUGAAACAGAUGUUGCUGAUGGAAAGUGGCAUUUUAUGGUAUUCUCCUGGGAACCUUCUGGAAAGGUUAAGAUAUUCAUAGACUCAAUUAAGAAGACAGAUGAUGAUAAGAUGUCAUUGGCUUUUGAUAUGAACGAAGAUAUAAUUAUGCAAAUGAUAAUUGGAUCUGCAGAUACUCAUGGUAGAAUAUCAAAACUUAGGAUCUACAAGACAGUUUUCAAAGAUAUAGACAUAUUCAAGGCUAAAGACAGCAUCAGUCAUUUGCCAUCAAACGAAUUAAAACAAGGAUGGACCAACAUAGUAUUAACAAAGUCCACAUUUAGAAUAGUACCCAGUGGUGCUGGAAAUGAAAGUAUCUGUGAUCUUGGUUUCCCAGAUUGCCUAAAUGAAGAUAGGACCAAACCAAUUAUAAGCUGUCCUGAGGAUCAAACAAAGCAUGGUACUGAACGUCUAACAGCAUUUACAGGCCUGAAAAAUAAUUACAUGAAGAAUGAAGAUGUAAAAUAUGUGAAUACAUCAGUUCAUGAUGAUGAAUUGUAUAUAUAUGGUAGCAGCAAUGAAGUAUUUGUGGCCUAUGAUGAAGCCAUGAAUUAUGAUAUUUGUAGAUUUAAAGUAUAUGUUAAAUAUGCUGAUGAAUGUCAGGUGCCACAAACUAAUGCAGUUGUAGAGUUUUGUCCCAACAGUAAACAUAUUUGUGGAUUAAAUUGUCCCUCUGGAGAAGCACUAUCUAUAAAACAUAACUUAAAAUACAAGUGUGGAGCCUUGGGAGUCUAUAAUUUUGAACAUCCAAGGAAGAAAUUUAUAUUGCCUACCUGUGGAGGUCAAAGGACUCAGACAAUAGCUUUAACAAUUGACAUAUCUUACAAAAUUGUGCUCACAUGUACUGCUACAUUAAAAGAUACUAUAAAGAACAAUUUGGAGGGGAAGUUAAAGCAAGAUCUUGCUAUCAAAUGGUCUGGAUUAGAUUGGUGUAGUAGUCAGUGUGUUUGGGAUGCUGUAUGUAGUGAUAGGAGCAUGUAUAUAGAUGUUACUGUUACCCUGCCUGAGCUAGAUCAAACAAUAAUUAGAAAUGGCCUAACAUACAAAGUAAAAGAUGCUAUAUUGAUUUUCAUACUGCAGGAAGAUGGACUCAAUUUUAAGAGUGUUGGAGGUGCAGAGCUUGAAGAGGAUUCAGUUACUGUAGAUGAAAAUCCUUCCUGUCCUUCUGGCUACACUGUUGUUGGUGAUACUUGUGUUAUGUGUGGAAAAGGAACAUAUAGAAAUGACACAACAAUGUCGUGUGAAUUCUGUCCGAUUGGAUCAUAUCAACCUGAUGUGGGACAAUCAUCUUGUACUCCAUGUCAAGCUACUAAGACUACACUUACCUAUGGAUCAUAUUCAUCCUUUGAUUGUAUAGAUGACUGUCCACCUGGUCAGUAUUAUGAUGCGGGUACUUCUAAUUGUGCACAAUGUGAACGACAUCACUAUCAGCACAUGAGUGGACAGGAAUUUUGCUAUCCAUGCCCUCUAGGGAAGAAAACUAGUGAGAAAGGAUCCAAUUCCUCUGAAAGCUGCUAUCAGGAUUGUGAGGCUGGAACUGAACUACAACCAGAUGGAUCCUGUAAAGUAUGUGAAAGAGGCUACUACAGGACACAGGAAGAUGAUGAGUGCAAAAGUUGUCAGGAUGUAAACCAAGGAAUGAUGACAACAGAAGGAAAGAAAUCGGCCUCAGUAUCUGACUGCAGAAUAAGAAUAUGUUAUGCUGGAAACUUUCGUAAUGCAACCACAAAUGAGUGUGAGAUGUGCCCUGUUGGAUGGUAUCAGUCAAAAGAUUUACAGGAUGAAUGUGAGGCAUGCCCAAGUUCAUACACGACAGAUGCAGAAGGAAAAACACACAGAGAUAAUUGCACAUUUUAUUGUGACCCAGGAAUGGAAGUUGUGUCAGCUGAUUUAGAAUCCUGCAGAAAGUGUCCACGUGGAUCUUAUCGUAGUAAUAAUGAUGUUGAGAUACUACUUCCCUGCCAGAAUUGUACAGGUGGUAACACAACAGAACUUGAUGGAAGAAUAACAAUGGACCAAUGCUCAAUAAGGAAAUGUGAAGCAGGUCAGAUAAUAGAUAGCACAGGAGCUUGUAAAGACUGUGAUAUGGAUACCUAUCAACCAGACGAGUUACCAACAUCAACUACCACAUGCAUGCCCUGUAAUCCACAGAAGGGCACUAUGGAUGUGAAAUCUACUAGUGAGGACAAAUGUAUCCUUGUAUGUAAAGAAGGACAGCAGAAUGAUCGAACUUCCUGUUCAGCUUGCCCACAGGGAACAUGGAGCAAUGGAAACAAAACUAUGAGAUUUGGAAUGUGUUAUAAUUGUUCAGAAGAUUGGACCACAGAACCUGCAGAAGGAAUGGGGUCUACACACCCUGACAAUUGUACUCUUAGAGACUGUGAUCCAGGAUACUACAUAAGUGGAGAUAACUGUGAACCCUGUGGAUAUGCCCAAUACCAACCUAAUAGACAUGCUAAAAUGUGUCUGAACUGUUCUGUCAAUCAGAAUACUAGUACCACGGCAUCUACAUCUCAGUCUGCUUGUCAAAUUUACUGCCCUAAAGGUCAGGAAGGAAAUGUUAGUUGUGCUGACUGUCAGACUAACUAUAUCAAACAAACAGAAGGAAUAGCAGCCUGUAAGCCAUGUGAAGGGAAUUAUACUUCCAAUGAUGCACAUGAUGAAUGUAGUAAAAUGUUUUGUGAUAGAGGUUUAUAUAUGGACAUGGGAAACUGUGUUCCUUGUGAAGUUGGGAAAUAUAAAGAUGAACGUGGAAAUGGUAAUACUUGUCAGUCUUGUGAUGCUGGAUGGACAACUGCAGGACCUGGAUCUGAUAAUAAACAGGAUUGUAAUGUUUUGUAUUGUGAACCAGGAAAGUUUGAAAACACCACAUCUAAUCAGUGUGAAUCAUGUCCAAUAAAGACCUACAAAUCAGAUGUUGGUAAUACCAAUUGUAUUGAUUGUGAUGCUGACAAAACAACAAGUAGUAAUGGAACAAGCAGUGCAGAUGGAUGUUCUAUAAAAUACUGUAAUCCUGGAUAUAAAAGAACUACAAAUACUAACAACUGUGAGAAAUGUAUGGUUGGGGAAUACCAGCCAGAGUAUGGAAAGACCACAUGUUUGUCAUGUGAUACAGGGUACACUACAGCUUCAACUGGAACAGUAAAUGAAAUUGAUUGUUACCAAAUUUGUCCUAUUGGGUUUGAGUUUUAUUCAAACAAGAAAGUGUGUGGUGGAUGUCUUCUUGGAUUUUACAAGAAUACAAGUGGUAAUGCUGAACCUUGUCAGAAGUGUCCAGUAAAUAAAACAACAGAGCAUGCAAAUUCCACAACAAUAAUUGAUUGUAAUAUUGAUGAUUGCCAUGCAGGUUACAGAAGGGGGUCUCCAGGCUGUAUUGUGUGUGAGAAGGGAACAUACCAAAAUGAAUCAUCACAAAUGACUUGUGACAACUGUCCAAGUGGUUACACAACAGAGACUACUAGAUCUACUAAACAGGAAGAGUGCAUAAAGAAUUGUAUUGAUGGUCAGGAGUAUGAUUUUGCCAUUAAAGGAUGUAAAGCUUGUCUUCAAGGUUUUGUCACAAACCGCCCUACAACAGAAAAAUGUAUACAAUGUCCAAGUGGUCAGACAACUGCCUAUGGUGGUGCUCCUACUUGUAUUCAAAAUACAGUGACUACUUCAGCUCCACCACUGCUGACUUCUAUUGAGAUGGUAUUUGUAUUUCGUGCAACUUUUGACUGUACCCAUUCUGCUUCCAAACAAAACUACAGGACACUUGUCCAGACAGCAAUUGUAAUACAACUUAAAGUACUUGCACAGACUUAUCCACUGCUGUGUAGUUCUGACUGUGCAAAUGUCAAUCUCUUGACUGUAAGUGCUGCAACCUGUGUUCUGUAUACGAAUCCAUCUGGUAGGAGAAGAAGAGCUGUAGCAGAUAAUCAGUUAUCUUUUAGUGUUCAGUUACCUGAUGUCCCUGCAACUGUUACAAAUAAUGGAACAAAAAAUGUAAGACCUGCUCUGAGUGUAAUUCAAGAAGAUCUGACCAUAAACAUGGAUCGGUAUACCCCCCUCAAUCCAGAUGGUACCCAAAUCUUAGAACCACUGAGUGCAACAGUGAGUCAUACAACGUUGAGUUGUCCUUCGGGUCAGGUGCAGUCUGGUUCCAACUGUGUGCCUUGUCCAAUAGGAACUAAAUCAAGUUCUUCUCAGUGUAUUGACUGUGAACUGAAUACAUACCAAGAUGUUACUGGUCAAACUACUUGUAAGGCUUGUUCUGGUACUGUGAUGAAGUAUACCUUGGCUACGAGAUCAAACAGUUCAAGUCAUUGUAUUUCGAUAUGUGUAAAGACUCCUGGGUAUUGUAAUUUUGGGACUUGUCAUGCAGAUCAACAUUCUCAAUACUGUACAUGCAAAGACAGCUAUGAAGGUUCCAGAUGUGAUUCUAAAGUGGUGAAGACAUCAUCAAAUACAGCAAUAAUAGGAGGAGCUGUAGGAGGCGGAGUUGGUCUUCUUGUAAUCAUACUGAUUUCUGUGAUUGUCUGCAGUAGAUUUUAUGGUGGACAAAGCGGAUCUGAAGAUCUUGAAAGGAAAAAGUUCAAUCGCACGUAUGAUAUGGAAAGUGAUGCUCCCUAUAGGAAUCCAAUGUAUGAUAAUAGGACCUAUCCACGACCAAUGCUUGCAGCCUAUCCCCAUAGCUGGGGAUCAGAUCUAUAUGAUCAUGAUCCGUAUGCACCAUAUAUUGCACAGAAACAAAUCAGAGGCUUUGAAAGUGAUGAGGACUACUAUCAACCAAGAGGAACGCCAAGGGAAACACCAAGACGUCAAACUCAUGAAUGGCAUGCAGCAGCACAGACAUAAAUUUGAAACUAAGAAAUAUAAAUGCUUUAGAUUUUAUAUGAAAAUGUCACAAGAUUUUAGUUUAAGUUUCAUGUGUUUUGAGCAUAUAAUCAAAUACUGUAAGUCAUUGUAUCAUCUAAUGUUGAAAAAGUGAAGAGAUCUGCAGGUUUAGUUAUUUUUUAGUCAGAAAAUGUUAUAUAAUAAAGUGAAAAUGGAACAUUAUAAAGACAGAUUGUAGAAGCAAUUAUCAACAUUGAAAAACAUAUUGAAUCUUCUUUUUUAAUAACAAAAAAAUAAUUUUAUUAAUAUACAGCAACUCUGAAAAAGAAAAAAAGGUAACUUUUCACGUUUUUGUAGUGGAUAGACUUCACGACUAAUUAAUUGUCUUAUAGAAAUAUGAACAUUGUUUAUGAAAAUGAAUAUAAAGGUAAAAAAUGAAGUUAUUAAAAUAAAAAUGUAUUUGUUAUUUUUGGAAACUUUAUUUCUGAUUUUCUUUUUUUCAAUUUCAUAAAAGUUCUGCAGAAUAUAUAUAAGGGUGGAUGACAGGAGUGAUAUGAAUUGUAGCAGCCAAGUUUUCAACAGUAGUUAUCUGAAUUGCUUCUAGUUGGCAGAUAUUUUAUACUGUUUUUUUUCUUCAAACUUAUAAUUUAGUGUUGCUUGUUUCACCGGUUGUGCUUGGACCAAAUAUCACUAAUUGCAUAGAUUUAACAGAAGAAAGUAUGAUGGCUGUUACUGAUAAAUGUUCAAUAUAUAAGAAGUUAUUUAUGUCAUCCAAAGAUGUAUUGAAAACACAUUAGAGGUAACAUCUUUUAUUUUUCUGAUUAUUGCACUGUCAUAAUCAUAAUCAUAAUUACAGAAUGAGAUUUUAUGUCUUCACAUUAGAAAUAUGUUUAAGGGUGUUGUUAUUUACUAUAAUCAUAUAUAAAUAUAUUAACACAAUUGUUUAGUCCCGAUUAACAACUUUAAUGCAAUAUUUAUACAAUUGUCUGUGUUCUGUUGAAAAAAACUAUUAAUUCAAUAUAUUAUUUUUAUAAUAAAAUUCAAUAUUAAAUCA